UCCAUAGAAGCUGUGAUAUGCUACUCCACUACGCACGCCGCUUGGUUCGCACAGCCUUCUUCUCUGUCCCGCGAUUUCUCUCCAGCAAGGAUGUCGGCAUUUACACGCGUGAUUCGAGUGGGGAUCAAAGCGGAGAAUUGUCUGACGAGGUAUCGAGCAUUGAGAGCACAUUCAACUUCGAGCUCAUCAUCCGACGAAGAGUUUUCUCAGCUGGUGAAGUCAAACGGCGUUGGUGGGCAUCGAUUAGACACGUGCUUAUUGGAGAAGAUUCUAGAAGCUCGAGCCUUCCCACCUAAUCAAGCGAAGGCGAUAGCUUCUGUUGUUUUCGAAAUAUGGAACCACACCCUUGAAAAUCUGGAUGACACCUUUGUCAAACGAGAAGAAAUUGAGACGAUUGAGGAAUCCUUUCAAGAAAGGCUUAGAGAGAUAAAGAAUCAAUCCCAGGCUGAGCAGGAAUAUAAUUUUUCGAGGGAUUUCGAUAAAUUGGAGGAACUCAAUCAAAAUUUAGGUUCUACAUUUGCCAAAACGCGUCAAAAUUUGGAGGAUAUGAAGUCCGAAGUGAAGUUAGACGGGGACACGAAAUUGACUGAAGCAAGGCAUUAUCUGAUGAAACACUAUGCCAUUUUCACCAUCUCGGUAGCUGCUCUUUGCAUGGCUGCCGGGGUUCUACAGGCUAAUAUAUGUAUCAUAAACGUUGGGCCUACAACAUUAUAUGUAGUAUCUGGACGAGCGUAUAUUCCAACUUCAUUGAAGACUGGAGAGAGAAAUUUAACCUAUUUGUCCUUAAACGAAUCAUUUGAUGACUAUAAAGUUCCUGUGGAUAACCCAGCAACUUACACAACAAUCUGUACAAGAUCGUCGAAACUGUUGAUUCCUAAUGCUGUUGGGUUGGUUGUACUUUCACAAAGCAGAUUCUGCCAUAUCGUGAAUGGCAAUUCUUAAGUUUACUGUACAUAGAAACAUGCACUGUCCAAGGUCAUUCAUACGCUGCCCAGGAUCCACAUAUUAAACAUUAGAUGCACUUGAUUAUA